GGAGCAUGCUCACUUUUUCCCCAGGAACGAAGGUCGAGCAAGAAACAUCGAUGGUUGCCGAGAAAAGACAUGGGAGGCAGAGAAAGUCGCUGCAACUGGAGGGGGCUCCCCUUCACCUUUACCCUGGGCUUCCUCUUCGCGUUAGCCCCGCCGAUCGCCCAGAGCCGGACUCUCCGCUUCGUGACUUUGUUGUAUCGGCAUGGAGAUCGCUCCCCCGUGAAGACAUAUCCCCGAGAUCCCUACCAGGAAAGCGCCUGGCCCCAAGGAUUUGGACAGUUGUCUCAGGAAGGGAUGCAGCAACAGUGGGACCUCGGCCAAGCUCUUCGUAGGCGUUAUGAUGGAUUCCUGAAUGCGUCAUACGAAAGGCAAGAGAUCUUUGUUCGCAGUACAGAUUUUGAUCGAACCUUGAUGAGUGCUGAGGCAAAUCUGGCAGGCCUGUAUCCUCCAGAAGGGCAACAAGUGUUUAAUCCUAAUAUUACUUGGCAGCCUAUUCCUGUACACACUGUACCUGGCCACAUGGAGAAGCUGUUGCGGUUUCCAUUAUCUUCCUGUCCCCGUUAUGAACAGCUGCAAAAAGAGACCAAGCAGACGCCAGAGUAUAUAAAUAUGACCGUCCACAAUAUGGAAUUCUUGAAAAUGGUGGCAAACAUGACAGGAAUUCAGGAUGUUUCCCUUGAAUCUAUCUGGAGUGUGCAUGAUGCACUCUUUUGUGAGACAAUGCACAAAAUGCGUCUUCCAGCAUGGGUAACUCCUGUGGUGAUGGCCAAACUGAAGGAGUUAAAAGAUUUCAGUUUUAAUGUCCUUUUUGGCAUCUAUAGACGAGUGGAGAAAGCUCGCCUGCAGGGCGGAGUUCUUUUGUCUCAAAUAAGGAAGAAUCUUACCUUAGCUACAAAAGACUCAGCACCUCACCAUGUCAAAAUGCUUAUGUACUCAGCGCAUGACACCACUCUUGCAGCACUGCAGACAGCUCUGAAUGUUUAUAAUGGGAAGCAACCGCCCUAUGCUUCAUGUCAUAUAUUUGAACUGUACCAAGAAGAUGAUGGUAAUUUUACAGUGGAGAUGUUCUUUCGGAAUGAGAGUCAUAAGGAGCCUUAUGUAUUGCUGCUUCCCGACUGUAAACAGCGCUGUCCCCUGCAACAAUUCCUGCAACUUACAGAGCCGGUUAUUUCACAGGACUGGAAACAGGAAUGUCAGAUAAUAAGCACAUGGAACAACACAGAACUUAUUGUGACUUUGGCUGUCAGUGGAUCUCUCCUCUUCUUACUUAUUGUUCUGCUCAUGACAGUACUCAUCCGUGUGAAGUCCCAGCCUCUUGGCUAUAGCCAUAUCUCCAAUGAAGGAGAGGAACAGCCUUGACAAUUGCUUCAGCCCCUCCUGAGACAGCAAGAGGAAACAGAGCUGAUCUUUGGGACAAAUGGGGCCACAUUCAAUGACUAAACAUCUUACUGAUUUUGAUUUUUGAAGCACAAGAGUUGACAGUGGAGCUGCUGCAACUAGCAGAUGCAUUCUAUCUAGCACAGCAUAAUGCAGUUAGUUUCUAGGAGUAAAGUGCCAACAUGGUCUUAGAUUGCUAUUUCUCAGUGCAUGACUAGUUCAACAAGGUUAGGCUUUUCUUUCUCUGAACUCAAUAUCCUGUCUUAAUGGUAUAAAAAUGGUACAGGAAAGUGGCUCACUGCUCCUUAAAAAGCCUUCAGUCUAGUAGCUGCCACUUGUACCUGCCUUCUACACUGUGACAAUGGCAUGAUGCUAAACCAGCAAUAACCAAUCUAACGAGUAAUUCAGAAAAAAAUCAUGGUUUCUAUCGUAGAAAACAGCCAUAGGAAGAAAUCUUAAAUUUAUUCGACAUAAUGGGAUUCACUUCCAAGUCAACACACACAGAAUUGUGCAAUAGGUACUUUACUCAGUCUUUAGAUACUCAAAAGAUAGGACAAGUGAUAUUAGAGUCCUCCCUGCCCUCUGUAACAGAAAAGGGUUAAUCAAAUGUAGGCAUUCAAGCCAUUAUUUACAUACCUAUGAUACAUCAUGCUCAGUAUUCUGGACAAGAGGAACGUUAAAAGAACAUGUGCUUUAGGACACAUGCUUAAACAUUCAAAGGUCUUAUUCAAGUAUCUGUGGUAGAAAUAUUUAUGUCUCUGGUUUUACAUUCCUAAACUUCAUUUUGAAACAUGCUGCUGAAGUUAAAGACCAGAUAACUUUUAACUUAGCAGGUUCUAUUGUUAUGUAAUAUACAGGGUCAUAUAUAUUUGGGAGAUCAGCAGCUCCCAAAUCUUCCCUAGUGCCCAUUCCAUUCCACUGCUGCUGGUGCCACACAUUUUCUCUUGGCUCUUGCGUAAACCCUUUAACUUUUGCCCCGUUUUUUUUUUUUACUCUUUGACCUUCACUGAUUGCGCUUCACCUCAAAUUGUAUAUUCCUUCUUUACACAAUGCAAUGCAACAUAGAUGUCUUUCUUAUUCCACUCCAUGAAGAGAAAAUUACUACACGUACUACCUCAUCAAAAAUAUUUUAUAUGGCAUAUAAAAAUCACAAGCCUAUAAUUUCAAAUAUUCACAAGACAUAGCCAAUUUCUUAACUUUAAUCAAAAUAUUCGUUCACAUUUUAGAGAAAAUAGUACUUUCCUUAGAUCUGAAUUCUAUAGGAUCCGAAGUGCUCCUGAAGAUGUGCAAUGUAUUUCCUUCAUCCCUGAACAGUGGAAUCUGAAGAUAAGAAUCCAUAGUAUAAUUGCCACAUAGUCCAUAAAACCAGCACUUUUUAAAUUACCGCCUUUGGGGGAAAAAACCCAAACCACCAAUUUAUUGCUCCAAGUUUUCUAACAAGUUCCGUAAAAAUCCUCUUUUAUAUUUAUCUACAGGACAAUUUUCUACAUAGUCUUUUUUUAUCUUCAACUGAAGCAUAGCCCAUCAAUUUGUUUGCAAUAGCAGGACUAAAUGCUAAGAAGACAGCCCACCCCACUCUUAGAAAAAACCCAUUCUCUCUUUCCUUAAAACAGACUACUUAAAAAGAGCAAUACUGGUUACUUGCCGUAAUCAAAUCCAUCUAAGUAUACAAAAAUGCCAGGAAAUAUGAAGUAAAAAAUGUAAUGGUGUGUUUUGCUUUUUCCGGGCUGAAACUGCAAUCUCCAAGGAGAUACUGAAAAGUUCAACUCAUUACAAAACAUUUCACGUUACAUUUCCUCUAAAGCCACUACAUUAGUAUCCUGUUACUAAAGAGUACACAAGACAAUUGCCAAAACAAUUCCCAAUUCCAUUUGAAGUUGUCUUUCUUAUUUUUCUAUUGAAACUAAUUGUAUGAUACUGUAUGUCUCCUGCAGGGCAG